GUGGAGCACACACACUCUGGCACAUAUACACAUUUCGGUGCACACACACAUAUAAUCACACCAGUGUGGAUAUCAGCACCCGGAGCUGGAAGGACAGAAGGAAGGGAGAACUACUGCACCUGUCCCACACACACACGCUAUCCUCGCACUCAUAUAGGGAGAGAGGAUCUGACUGGUCGUCCCUAUGUGUGGAUGGGACCAAAGUUAUACAGCGACCUCUCAUAGCUCGGCCAUGUUGACCAGUGAGGGGGCGCACACCAUGGAGCAGAACGGCACGCACCAUGGCACUAAGAUGGCUUCCUCUGCCACCAGCCCAGGCUCAGGUGGAGCGGGCACGAUGACAGAUACCGACAUAGAGAUGGAGGAAGCAGACAUGACACAAUGGAUGGAGGCAGAGUUUGAGGAGAAGUGCACAUAUAUCGUCAAAGACACGGCAUGGGAGGCGGGCCCAGACGGUGAUGCCAUGAUGAUGUCGACGACUAGAGCCGAGGCUUCACUCCCCCGUAACUUAGCCUUCAAACACCUGGCUGGCAGCAAAGAGGUGCUCGGCGUGUGCAGCAGGGAGUACAUCCCCAAAGGAACUCGCUUCGGUCCCUGGUGGCGAGAUCUAUCGGCUGACAGCGUCCCCAAAGCCAACCGCAAAUACUUUUGGAGGAUCUAUGUGGAUGGGGAGUUUCAUCUUGUUGAUGGCCUGGAUGAGACUCGCUCCAACUGGAUGCGGUAUGUGAACCCGGCCCACUCAGCAGCAGAGCAGAACCUGGCAGCAAUUCAGAAUGGCAUGGAGAUUUACUUCUACACUGUGAAGCGUCCAGCCGGUGCUGAGCUGCUUGUCUGGUACUGCCACGACUUUGCCCGACGCCUGCACUACCCACCGUCUGGGGAGCUGAUGAUGCAGAAACUGAAGCAGUCUCUUUUGGAGGUUAAGCAGCAGCAGGUGAGCAGUGAGGAGCAUGUGGAAGAAAUAUCUAGCCCAUCCCCUGUCGCAGUGACCCCCACCCCACCCAAGAAAGAACACAGCGUCCUUUCCAUUCUACGUGGUACCAGCAGCACCUCAGCUUCCUCAUCCACAAAGAGGGAGCCCAGUCGGCCACUUCCCACACGCCCACGCUGUGCCGACAGCCCUGAUCGUCCCCUGUACCCCCAUGCCCUCUACCCACCUCUCAGGCCCCACCCUCAUAUCUCUGAGGACUUCCUUAGUCACAAAGCUGCCCAUCUUGCUUACCCAUCAACUCAUUCCCCUAGCAACCAGUCUUCAGCCACGCCUAGCCCGUCAGCAAGGAGCAGUCCAGAGAGCACCCCUCAUGGGAGUCCCUCUGGUGCAGCACCAGCUUCUGCCUCAUUCUACCCCACUGGACUGGGUCCCUAUCCUGGUUAUUCCCCACCAUCUGCCCCUCUCUCCUCACCCUUCUACUCUCCAGGCACGCCCUACUCACAUUACCUUUUGCCCCAUCACUAUCCCGUCCCUGGUGGUGGCAUCCCUGCUGUAGGAGGAAUCUUUCCUAGGAUGUAUCCCCUCCUCCUAUCCCAUCAUAUGCCCCUCCUGCCCUCUGAAACAGGGAGACGCUUCCUAAUGCCUGACCCUGUGCACCCCUCCUCCAUCUCUGGCCGCAGAGACUUCCUCCUUCCAGGUCCCAGGAGUGCCUUCUCAGCUGCUACUUCUCUGAGAAACACAGCAGGGCCUCACAACCCUUAUCCCGGGCACUCUCAACCACACGGACCAGCCCACGCUCCCUCCAGCGGCUCCCCGACUGCAGGUACAGCACCUCCCAGUGAGCAGGUGCCCACUAAGCCUACCUCAGCCCUGCUGGGCAACACCAGCGAGCAUUGCCCCGAUGAAGAAGCAAUUAACCUGACUAAGGUGAAGCGCGGUGCAGGCUCAGCAGGCUACAAGGCACUGCCGUACCCUCUGAAGAAGCAGAAUGGCAAAAUCAAAUACGAGUGUAAUGUGUGCAGCAAGACCUUCGGACAGCUGUCAAACCUGAAGGUUCAUCUUCGUGUCCACAGUGGGGAGCGACCUUUUAAAUGUCAAACCUGUAGCAAAGGCUUCACUCAGCUGGCUCACCUGCAGAAACACUACUUGGUCCACACUGGGGAGAAGCCACAUGAAUGUCAGGUGUGUCACAAACGCUUCAGCAGCACCAGCAACCUGAAAACUCACCUUCGCCUCCACUCAGGGGAAAAGCCCUACCACUGCAAACUCUGCCCAGCUAAGUUCACCCAGUUCGUCCACCUCAAGCUGCACAAGCGCCUGCACUCUCGUGAGCGUCCACAUAAAUGCCCCCACUGCCAUCGCCACUACAUCCACCUGUGUAGCCUGCGACUUCACCUGAAGGGCUAUUGCCUGGCGGCAAACUCCAGCUCUGGAAGUCCAGCUAUUUCAAGCCAGGUUGCCUUGGAGGAGGUGCACCGCGCCAAUGAGGAAAUUGAGCGCUUUGAUGUCAGCGAACAUGCCGAGCGACUGGAGCAGCUGCACGGAGGGGUGGAAAUGGAAGCCAUGUUGGAGAAGCAGGUCUUGGGGAUGCUGUGGAGGGAGACUGACAUUAAGUCCCCCCACUUCCAUCCCCACCAUAAGAGCAGCACCACUGAGCUUCGGUCUGCGGGCUAUGGUGCAUAUGAGUCCCCAAAUGAGACGUCGGUCAUCAAGAUGCGGCACAGCAGUCCCAUCCCCUCACUUCCUGCCAACGUAACUGUCAAGCAGGAAUCAGAGGAUCAUGCUUAAGUGACCUUCUGCACCUGAGAGACAUAGAGCCAAGACUGCAUGGUGGACUGGGUUGCCAGGAGCAACAAUUGUAAAUAUAUGUACCUGGUUGUCAUGAGUAGUGACACCAUGACCACUCCAGGGUUUUAACCUAUCAGGGACUCACGUACUCAGGGCUACACUGUCCCAUGACUACUUAAUGGUUUCAUCAUUUAUUAUACUUAGAGACAAUCAUCUACACAGGAUUUACCUGUAAUGUUAUUAAUAUAAUGCUUUUAUUGUUAUUGUUCUUGUGCUACUUUGUUUCUAAUUUCAGAUGUCCUUGUUUUUUGAUCAGUUUGUUGUUAUCUACUUAAUUUAUUUUAGUUUUGUUUGUCGUCUUCAAAAGCAAUAUGUGGAAGGGAUGGUUACAUUGAUGGGGUGAAGUUUAAUUUUUGAUAUUUUUUUUUUCCCCUGUGGCCAUUUCUCUGUAGAUAGUCAAUCUCCCUAUGCAUAUAUCUGUCUUGUGAGCUCUGACUUAUAGAACCAGGGGCAUCCGUUCUUCAGGGUUUUAUCUAUUUAAACGUAGAAACCAAUAUAGCAGGUUGAAAGGUUUUAAAGGACUUGCCAACAUGUGGCACAGAAAUUUGUUCAUUUAGAAAGAGAUGUAACUCAGCCCUGCUUAAUAACUUCUCUAACAUGUCUAUGCCCUUUCCUGAUGCCUACUUAAUUUAAAUUAAACAAAAAGGGCUUUUUUUUUUUUUGUAUAUUUUUCACAACAGUUACCUCAGUGUGGAUGCGGUGAGUGUGUGUCUGUGUGUUUGCAUUUAAAAGGACAGCUGAAGAUGGGAGUUUUGUAUUUAUUUGCUUUCUUUUGCUACUUGAAGAAGAACCAAAUUGAACUGGAGUGCAGCUCCUCACAUGGUCCAAAGGAGAGGCACAGCCUACUCAACAUGUAGCACAUAAGGAGGCUGGGAAGCCACCUCCAUCCCCUUGUCCCUCCACUUGUUUUUCUUUUUUUCUUUUUUUUUUCUUUUUUAUUUAACACUGUCAACACCCAACAGACAUGUGAACAUCCUCACAUUUAGGAAUUCACAUUUGACGCUAGAUACCAAAGUACACUUGGCUUUCAUUUCAAAUGCACACCAUAAAUAAGGAAGAAGGACUUGAGGAAUCAAAAUGCUGAAGAAGGGAAGAUAUAUCUUGUGUAUAUGGUGAAAUGUUCACUCUUUAACUGUGGUCUUUUGUUUUCUUUAUGUUUUGAUUUUGUUGUUGUUAAUGUUAUUUGUUAUUUUGGUUGAGAAGCGAUGGCCCCUUUCUUCAACCCCGCCCGUCCACCAUCUCGUUAACGAAAUGGCCUACAUCGAAGCACCUCGGCCUUCCUUGAUGCACUGCCCCCCCUCGUACUUUAUAUCUUUAGUGCCGAUGCUUUUACCGUUCACACUUUGUACAAUAUCUCUGAUACUGGUCAUAAUGGCAUUAAGAUCCAACUUAAUGUUACUAAAACCGUGCAUCUGUGGUUUUCGUUAGCAGUUACGCGCCAACACCCUGACCUCUGUAGCUUUCUCCUUUGGCUCAUUAUCUUUCUCUCCAACUAAUGUUUGACCAAAGUAUCUCUUUCUUUGUUCAGAGCUUUAACUCCAGAGGAGAUACCCCUAAAAACUGUCUCUGUUUACAUUCUGUUUACAUAGUUAUUU